AUGUCGGCUCUUCGGCUUCGUAAAGUAUUGCUCCAGCUAGUCGUCUUCACUGCGCUGGCAGAUUGCAGUCCUAGAGCUGCAAUCACGCCUUUCGCUGCUCCACCGCUGCUCCCUCGUCAAGAUCUAGCCCAGACAUGCGGCUACGUCGAAGCAGAUAUCCUCUCCCCGAUCGGCUGUCUAGCCGGCUCAACUUGCGCCGCAGAUGUAACGCAAAGCAUCGCCGGCAUCUGCUGUCGUCUCGGAAACAACGCCAACUGCGUAGCAGUGACAAGUUGUGUGGCAUCAGCGAAUCUUCAAGCGUCUUGUAACAGCGACUGCUCUGCUAAUGCUGCCGUGACGAAAUGCUCAGAUGUGGCUUCACCAUACUGCUAUACCAGGUAUUGGGUAUCAGCAGACAGGACGCCAGUGGAGAUCGGCUGCACCACCACGCAAGGGUACAGCGCUUUCGUGUACACGACGUAUACGUACCUGGGCAAUACCGUGAACUUUGAUCCAGCGACUACGCCGCCACCUUCCACAACUCCAGUCGGGACAGGAAGUGCGGUCGUCACAGGAUCUUCGAGCUCCACGACGUCAGCUGGCAGUGGAGGAGCGGGUGCAAGUUCAGAUCAAUCUUCAGGCGACUCGAAGUCGAAUUCGAAUUCAGGCUCAUCUAGCAAUUCCGGAAGUUCCACCAACGUAGGCGCCAUUGCGGGAGGUGUCGUAGGCGGAGUCGUCGGGCUGGGACUGAUUGCGGCGUUCAUUGUCUGGAUUGUGCUGCGGCAUCGUCGAAAAUCUCGCGAGGCGGCAUGGACUCAAGGCAGUGGAGCACCAGCGCCUGCAGCAGCGCCAGCGGGUGACAGUUAUGAGAAGCCCCCAAAGUCGGCUUUGUCGGCCACAGAUCCAGUGUCGCCGAUUCCGUCCACGCAAGGAGGGCAUAAUGCUGGGGCGGGCCAGACUCAUGAGAUUGCUUCGAAUGACAGACAUUAUGAGCUUCAUGAGCGGGAUAGGAUACCCGAGCUGCCUUGA